AUGACAGAGACAAACACCCCCAAAUCGGCUAAGAAGCCCCGCUGGACCUCCCUGGAGAUUGGCCUCAUUACAAUUGUUUCCUUGCUCUUCAUCGUCAUUGUUGCCCUCAUCAUUCUCGUUGCCACCCAGAAGACCGGUCUGAUUGAACUCAGAGGAGGAGCUCCACUGCUCAACAUGCUGCCUGACGUGUCUGAGUGGCCCAUAGCCGUGGACAACUGGGAGGGAACCUAUGGGAAAACCUGGAGAUUGGAGGAUGUAAUUGCUAGGUUAAAUGAGAAGUACGGCACUCUACUCUUGGUUAACUUUUUUGUUGGCACUGAUGAUAGGGACUCAAACUCACAUAUCAUUCAUUUUGAUCAGCAAACGAGCCUUGGUCUCUUGUCCAGAGAUUACUACGCCUGCAAUGGUCCCUAUGCAGAGGCAUGUCGGGCCUACGAGCAGUUCAUGAUUGACCUGGCCAAGCUGAUUCGUUCUGACCGGGGGUUGACCAUUAAUGAAACCAGCAUUAGAGAAGAAGUGGCACGAGUAUUGGACUUAGAGCGGGACAUUGCAAAUGCCACUGAUACUCCAGAGGAUCGAAACAAUCCAGUGUUGCUUUACAAUAAAAUGGAACUGGGAGACCUAAACAGCAACUUUACCCUUGAGGUUGAUUCAAAGGUAUUCAAUUGGAGUUACUUCACAGCCAAGAUAAUGGAUACUGUCAACAUUAGCAUUCCUGACACAGAAAAAAUCAUAAACUACUCUCCCAACUAUUACAGAAGACUAAACCUUGUCUUGGCUAAAUAUACCAAGAGGGAUCUACAGAACUACAUGGUGUGGCGUUUUGCCAUGAACAUGGUGGUGGGAUUGAGCAGAACUUACAGAGACACCAGGAAAGCUUUACGCAAGGCUCUGUCUGGCACGACGUCAGAGGCAGCCGUGUGGCGACAGUGCGCGCUUUACGUCAACAACAACAUGGACAAUGCUGUAGGACGGCUGUAUGUGCAGGAGGCUUUCUCUGAAAAGAGUAAAGAACUGAUGGAAGAGAUGAUUAAAGACAUUCGUGAGGUGUUCAUUAGUAACCUUGAUGAUCUAACCUGGAUGGAUGCAGAGACCAAGAAAGCAGCAGAGGAAAAAGCCCGAGCUAUUCGUGAACGGAUUGGCUACUCUGACAACAUCAUGGAUGAUAAAUACCUCAACAAUGAGUACAAAGACCUGAGCUACAGUGCAGAGGAGUACUUUGAAAACAUCCUACAGAACUUGGAGUAUGUGCAGAAGAAACGCCUGCGGAAACUCCGAGUCAAAGUCAACAAAGAAGAGUGGGUGACUGGAGCUGCUGUUGUCAACGCCUUCUACUCAUCCAGCAAAAAUCAAAUAGUUUUUCCAGCAGGUAUCCUCCAGCCACCUUUUUUCAGCAAGGGUCAGGCUAAAUCUCUCAACUAUGGAGGCAUUGGCAUGGUAAUCGGUCACGAGAUUACACAUGGCUUUGAUGACAAUGGGCGAAAUUACGACAAGGACGGUGACCUAAAGGACUGGUGGACACCAGACUCUACUCAGAGAUUCCUGGAGUUGUCAAAGUGCAUUGUUGAUCAGUACAGCAACUACUCUUGGGAUCUGGCCAACGGAUUACAUUUAAAUGGUAACAACACCCUCGGGGAGAACAUCGCUGACAAUGGAGGGAUUCGGCAGGCAUACCAGGCCUACAAGAGCUAUGUGAGGGAACAUGGAGAGGAGCCAGCACUGCCUGGCAUCGAUCUUUCCCAUGAUCAACUUUUCUUUCUAAAUUUUGCUCAGGUGUGGUGUGGAACACACCGACCAGAGCAAGCUGUUAAUUCCAUCAAAGUGGACGUACACAGUCCAGGAAAAUUCAGAGUACUGGGCUCCCUGCAGAAUUUCCCGGAAUUCGCCAAAGCAUUUAACUGCAACAAAAGCAGCUACAUGGUCCCCGAUAACAUGUGCCGUGUGUGGUGAUCCAAAGGCCCCUGGAAUGGCCACCCCUGUCCCUCCUACAGUUCCUUGACCCUAUGAUGGCUGGAGCACUCACUAAGGACUACAGGGAGGUGACAGCUUCCCUAAGCUUUUUACUGGAUGGACCAUGGCUGUUGGACUGACACUGCAGUUUACACUUCAUCCAAUAGCAGCAGCAGACUGCGUCCUCACAUAUGGAUGGACAGACGAAAAACUGUCUCCAACUCUAAUACUAUCAGUCAUUCUUUCAAUCAGUCUAAUUAUUCUCCUGCUCACUGGAUACAAUCGCAUCAUGUGUUUUCAUUUCUGUCAGUUUUCACCAUGUCUCAUUUCACAUCUAUGCCGGUAUCUUUACUUGUGUAUUUCAGUCAAAAUUCAAGUAGUUGACUGAGGCCAGUAGAUACAUAUGCUUAGUUCACUGGCAUAUGAAUACCCCUACACACCCUUUUACACAUAUUGUACAUCCAACAGGGCCACCGAAUUCUAUGUUGGAUUUGAGCUGUUUGACUCAUAAAACUCAGCUUUGUUCAGGAUUCAUUUACAUGUAGUUACACUCUACAAUGUAUUUGUAAUGUUUUCAUGGUUUAUACCUCUCUCUCUCUCUCUCUCUCUCUCUCUCUCUUUCUAAAUAUAUAUAAAUAUGUAGAAAUAUAAAGCUAGAUUAGAUAAAUUAUGACAGGAAAUCAAAAUUUAUUUUAUUAACUAGACUAGUAACUAUUUAGUUGUGAUCCCAUAUUAUACAGCUCUGUCAUAUAUAAAUAUAUAUAUACGAUUUAGAAAUUGUUAUUGCAGUUGACGGGGAAGGGUGGGUGUGUUCAGUAGAACAAGAUAAAAAAUGAAGCCUUUAAUAUGACAGUUGGUCAUGAAUCAUUGAGAUGACAAUCUACAAACUCGAAGACCAUAUGUUUUCUUAAUUUGCUGUGUUUCUCUGCGGGGAGGUCUUUCUGUUUUUAUGUCAUAAAUCACUCCCUAAUUUUGGUCAAUCUAAUUCACACGCCUUAUGGUUGAGCUUGAUUGAGAAUGUGUGUGGAUUACUGCAAGACAAAAUGAUUAGAAAACAUGUCAUUAAAGAAGACAUUUUGCUAUUCCCCAUGCUUAUUUACUUUGUUUUUAGAAUGAUGCUGCUACCAUGUUUGCCUGUUAGCUAGUGAAGGGUUAGGCUAGUUUAGAAUACACUGCAGGAGGAGCUCUUUUGUCUAUCUCAGUGAGCUAAAAAUGCCAAAAGACAAGAACUACAACAUUGUCUCUCAUGAUGCAAAAACUAACCUUUGUGGGUUGAUGUGUCAGGAUGCCGCGUCACAUGACAUAGUCACUCGCUUUGACAUCAACUCUUUGCAGAAUUCAUGAGUUGCCUGGAAACAGACCAGUUACAAGAACUUUAACCUUUGUUUUUAUUUGAAUAUAUCAAAAAUUGAAUUUUUCUGAUCUUUGACUGAUGAAAGGCAAACAUUUUACUGUAAAUUUUAUCUACAGAAACUGAAAUGACAGUGAUAAGGCUCAACAAUAUUUAGUAGUUAGAAGAGCACGAUGAACGCUCAAAUUUUAGAAAACUCUUGUUCCCUAUUCAUUCAUUGUGUAUACUGCUUAUUUGUUCGCUGGGGGGCUGGAGCCUAUCCCAGCUG